AAAUCAUACAAGUGGUUGAACUUCAUCCUCUCGGUUCCUUCGAUAAACUUUCACGGCUGUUGUCUCGCAGUUACGUCCAGUCAUAUAUGGUAAAGUAAACUUUAUUUCCUGCCUCACAAAGGCAGCUGUUCUCAUUGCGUGUCGUAAUUUGUUUCAUUUCUUAUUCAGUCUGUUUUCACCGUCUCCAUGGAUCAGCUUCAUUCAAUAUUAACACAUUCGGUGUCAACCCGACACCCGGCGGUCACUCUCGCGCAGCGCGUCGAUCAGGGCGGACAUCGGGCUGUAAUAAAGGGGGCUUUACUCUGUUUUAGACGACAUGAAAUGAGUGAAUGAUGUAGUUUUUUUGGGUGCUCUGCUGCUGAUGGAGCGACAGACGGGGAGGCUCGAGGCGGGCCGCCCGCAGCGCAGGGUUCGUUUUCGGGUGGCGUCCGCGCGCUCCGGCCGCGUGCUGGCGGAAGUCUUCCGAGAGGAGCCGCUUGAGGACCCGGCGGACUCGGACACCACCGGCAGCUCGGAGCCCGAGCGCCCAGCCUCGCCCGCCAACAGUGAGGCCAACAGCCACCUGAGCGCAGCGGCGGGAGCGCGGGCGGACGACAGCGGGAGCGAGCCCGACGACCUGCUGCUGUACGCGAGCGGCGCGAACGAGCGCGUCUUCAGCGGCAAGCGCGUGACCAUCCGCAGCAAGAACGGCACGGUGCGCGGGGUGAGGGACAAAGUGAGCGCGGGGCAGAUGCUCUUCAACACGCUGGCCAAAGUGUACGGGGGCUCUCUGCAGGGAAACGAGCCAAAGAGACCAUGAGGCUCUGCUUGCCAAGAACACUGCUGUAGCUUAAAGCAGUGCAGAGUAGAGGAUCACACCUGGACUAUUGGGUGAAGGGCCUCAGGGACCUAUGAUAAACAG